AAAUUCACCCCUAGCUUUUCGAGCUUCGCCAUUAACACAACACAAUUAACAUCGCCAUUUCACCUGACCUGUCAAUAUGGUGGGACGUGUCUGCAGAUUUUGGCAACAGGGCUUUUGCCGAAAUGGAACCGCUUGCCGAUUUGAGCACCCGGACGCCAACGCCAACUCCAAUACUAACGCGAGUUCGAGUUCGUUCGGAGGUCCUAACCCUAACGCGAACCGUUUUAGAGUCCUAGGAUCUGGAGGAAAUAGAGACCAAGAAAACCCUUACAAGAUCUCUACAGAUAUCAUACGACAGGACUUAGGACCCGAGAAGCCAUCAUGGCUGUUAUCGUGCUACGGCCCAGGGAGGGACGCUCCGGAGCAAUUAUUCGGAGGUCACCCGCGAGAACAGAGUCCCGAGGAAGUUAUGCUAUAUAUUAGAGGAUCAAGUAACCAGCAACAGGCUAUGUCCGAAAUCGCGGCUCUCGUCCAACAAGCUGAACAGCAAAACCAGACGGCCCUAAGCAACCUCGACGGCGCACUUAAAUUUAUCCUCUCUGCCGAGAAUACGCACCCGAACCGUAUAGAUAUAUGUAGGCAGAGCAACCCACAGGGUACUACUAGUGGAAUAUUCGCAAAAGACACUGCGCCUGGCCCCCAGACGGGGUUCUCAAAUCCUCUCGUUUCCAAUUCUUUCUCGUCGGCUCCGCAGUCAAAUAUUCAGUCAAAUCCUUUCGGUGGUGGUACACCUUCAUUUGGUCAGCCGUCGGCACUGGGACCAAAGCCAAAUCCUUUCGGUGCAGCACCGUCUACUCAAGCAUUCGGCCAACCCUCCACUCUAGGGGCUCCGAAGCCCGUCUUCGGGCAAUCCUCACAGAUGGGGUUGGGUGGUCCCGCAUUUGGACAGCCCUCAGCCCUGGGUCAGAAGCCAAAUCCUUUUGCAAGCAAUGCUCCGGGGCCAUCUGGGUUUGGCCAAACCGCCCAGAGUGCGUUCGGACAGCCGUCAGCCUUGGGGCAAAAACCAAACCCCUUUGGAGCGCCUGCGGCCUCUUCCGCUCCUAACCCCUUUUCCUCGGCAGCACCAACUUCGGGACCUAAUCCGUUCGGCCAGCAACCGACCGUCAAUCCUUUUCUUCAGACAGUGAAUGCGCCAUCAUCCGAUCAACAGAUGGAUACCUCGGCUCCUACUCCAGCUCUCAGUAAUCCUUUCAAUCAGCCACAGUCAAACUCGGCUUUCGCGCCACCGACUACAAAUCCUUUCGCAUCGCAGCAACCAUCUUCAUUCGCAACUCCGUCAAGUAACCCUUUCGCUCAAACCCAGACCCAGACACAGUUACAGCAACAACCAUCACAACCACAACCACAAACGCAAGCGCAAGCACAGGGAACGCCCGCGACAUCGACAUCGACAAACCCAUACGGACCGAAUAGUACUAAGCAGCACCCGUCCCCUGGAAAUUAUAUUUCGAAGGCUGCGAACGGGCGGAUAAUAUCGUUUAACGGGCAACCGGUGAUAUAUAAGUGGAAAGUGGACGAAAAAUAUCAAGAUGCGAUGCCUCAGGACGGCGGUACAUAUCAACCGGCACCAGGCGUGCAGAACUCGGAUGGUUCGUGGCGUAAAAUCUUCUUCCCCCAUGGCCCGCCCGGGUACAACAAGGAUACAGAACCGGACCUCGCGAUGUAUACGCCGACCGUCAAAGCGGCAUAUGCUGCCGUGGCGGCUACUGGCAGGUUCGAGGGAGAUAUGCCCGAAGUACCACCCCUAAGGGAAGAUUGCGUCUGGAACUUUUGAGAGCGGCACCAUUUUUAAAGUAUACUAGGAUGGUUUACAUGCGUUAUGUGGAAGAGAAUGGUAUGCAUAUAUAUCGACUGGUCAUACAGGGAUAAACUACGAGGUUUGCGGUCUAUAGAAGUAGGUAAUUUAGAUACCCCGGAGUUAUAAUGGGUUACGAAUAGCACACCACUUAUUCAUCAAUGGUAGGAAACGUCAGAGUUAUAAUAUUGGCCUCAUAAAUUGGCUCGGACUUGAAUUCUGCCGCGGCGU